CAGAUAUCUUUGGUUUAUUUUGGUGUGUUUUAACAGGAUGUUUGUGUCGGCAUGAGAUUGACAUAAGAAGGAGGCUCUUGAACCGUUUCUUGUGACACCUCUCUUUCCCUUUCAUCCCUCACACACACACACAUCUCACAUACAUCCAUCCAAGAACUCUUUCGUUUGUUCGGAGGUUCCCCCCCUUUCGUUUUAUUUGCUUCAAUUGGCCUCAGUCACUCUCUUGAAAAGAAAAUCCAAAACAUUGCAACUCACUCUCCUUAACAAGAAAACCAAAAACUUCAAACAAUCAUUAACCAGCUCUGUUUGCUCUCCGGACAAUCCCUCACGCUCCCUCGACACUCACUCGCUCAGCAAGUAACUCGAUAACCGACAAUAAUCAACAACUUCAACUCACUCACACACACACACACUACACCAAUCAACCAACCAACCGACAAAAUGCAGAUCCAAUCCGCCCUCGUCUCCCUCGCCCUCGUCGCCGGCACGGCCUCGGCCUACGAGCACGUCUACACCAACGGCACCUACACCAUCACCAAGGUCUGGGACGCCGUCACGACCUACUGCCCCCAGCCCACCACCCUCUGCUUCAACAACCGCACCUACACCAUUGAGCAGCCCACCACCUUCAUCAUCCCCGACUGCCCCUGCACCCAGACCUACACCACCAACCAGUGCUCCGAGUGCGCCCACGCAACCGGCUACGUCGUCCCCGCCCCGCCCGCCCAGACCGACGUGCCCCCCGCCGUCCCCACCCAGACCGGCCUCAUCACCUGCCCCGGCAGCCCCAACUGCCCGCCCGGCGCCUCGGGAUCCGUCCUCCCGCCCGCGCAGACCGGCUCCGCUGGCGUCGUCUGCCCCGGUAGCCCCAACUGCCCUCCCGCUGCUUCCGGCGGUGCUGGCGGCGCUGGCGGUGCUACCCCCAGCCAGACCGGCGCCCUCGUCUGCCCCGGCAGCCCCAACUGCCCCGCCACCGGCACCGCUGGCACCAACGGCACCAAGCCUACCACCGUCGUCGUCGCCGGCGCCGAGAAGAACGCCGCUGCUGCUGGUGUUGCUCUCGUUGCCGGUGUCGUUGCCGUUUUGGCUCUGUAAAGGGGCUUUUUCCCCUUUUGGUUGCAACAACCCCAUCUUUCCAUGGCUUUUUUUCCUCUCCUCCUUGGAGACCAGACAUGGCACUACUCUUCUUCUUUUUUCAAACCCGUUUUGGUAAUGGGGGGAGACUUCCAAAGCGGAUAGGGGAGGAAACCCAGAGACUCUGUUGUUGUUGGAGUGGUAGAGACUAGAGGGAGGGGUGAAGUGAAGCCAGAUUCGCCUGCGCCUUCUGCACUCCUGCACCUUUAGGUUUCUUUUCCGUCUUCUUCAUCUGGAGUUGAAGGGCCCUUUCUUUUCUUCUUACAAUCGUCAUCUCUUCCUUGCGGACGGGUAGUGAAAAAGAGGACUUGUGCGGCUCUGGAAUCCAUGGGAGGUCUGGAACUCCGCUGAUCCAAGUCGUGGAAAAGUGUGUGGAUCCAAUAUCGUUAUUGUUUUAGUGUGUGUGUUUGUUUCUUGUUUUGUUGUUCAUCAUCAUCAUUGUUAUCACGCCCCGUCAUUGCAUUACGCCGAUUACGCCCAGAGAUGAGGAUACUUCUGAACCUUGCAUUGGGGAAAAUUAGACGAAGAAGGAGAGAGAGAGAGAGUGGAGUGGUUUGGAAGAGACAGCAGCAGCAUUUCUUAUGGCAGUAUCCCGCUAGAACCCGGGUGAAAGACUGGGGGAAAGGAGGCGGGAUGGACACUGCUCCAGUGGAUGAAAAGGGGACGAAAUGAAGGAUCUCCUUUGUUAGAAUCUUGUUUUAUUGCUGGGUUCUGUCACAAGGGGGGGAAAGGGAGGAUCGAAAAGGGGUUUCGAUUGGUAUUAUUAACCCACUUUCAGCAUCAUUAUCACUCUGCAUCCUUAUCACCGCCAUC